AUGUCAUCAGACGACGACAUGCCUCUUUCGAGGUCGAAUGGCCAUUUGUCGGCUGCGCGAGUCUCGAAGGCCGACGAUUCUGCCAUGGACAUAGACUCUUCCAAAAUACUUGCGCCGGCAGGCAUCUCGAUUCGAAACGGCCCCGUCCAAGAGGAUGAUGACGAUGACGUGCCUCUCGUGAACGGCAACGGCAAGCGCAAAUCCCGGUCAUCGAUCGCCAAAGUCAGCUACAAGGCGGAGUCUGACAGUGAUGACAGCCGGCCUCUGGCGAAACGGCAACGUAAGGUGCCUGAUUCCGAUUCCGACGACGCUGUCUUGAGCCGUAGACGAUCUUCGACGAAGUUGCCCCCCGCCGUCAACGAAACAGCCAAUAUCGAAGACUCGGACGACGAUGUGCCAUUGACGACCAAGCUCGCGCAGCGCAAGAAGGCCAUCGAAAAGGCUGCCGAGAAGCAGGCAAAGAAACCUGCGGCAAGAAAAGCCGUCAAGGACGAGAGUGACGAUGACGUCCCCUUGUCUCGCGCCAAGGGACCCCAGCGAAACGGCACAAAGCCUAAGUCCAAUGGCGUGAAAAAGGAGGAUUCUGACUCCGAUGCACCCAUUCGGAGCAAGGCCAAGUCCGCAGCAGCCUCCACAAAGGGCAAAACUGCCACCCCUGUGGCGAAGAAGGCUGCGCCCAAAAAGGCCAGCAAGAAGGAGGAGAGUGCCGAGGCUGAAGGAGAAGACGACGAUGGCGAGUAUGAGUGGUGGAACGCGCCAAAGAAGGAAGAUGACAGCGUCAAGUGGACCACACUCGAGCACAACGGUGUACUCUUCCCACCACCAUAUGAGCCGCUUCCGAAGAAUGUCAAGCUCUACUACGACGGGAAGCCAGUAAAUCUCCACGUGGAGGCGGAAGAGGUCGCCGGUUUCUUUGGCGCCAUGCUGCACUCCACCCACAACGUCGAGAACCCCGUUUUCCAGAAGAACUUCUUCAAUGAUUUCCAAGAAGUACUCAAGCGCACGGGCGGUGCCAAGGACCGUGACGGCAACAAGGUGGCCAUCAAGGAGUUCUCGAAGCUCGAUUUCACCAAAAUCUUCGACCACUACCAUGCCAAGAGCGAGGCGCGCAAAGCUCGUCCUGCUGCCGAGAAGAAGGCCGAGAAGGCCGAGAGGGAUAAGGCCGAGGCGCCCUUCACGUUCUGCAAGUGGGACGGUCGCAAAGAAAAGGUUGGCAACUUCCGUGUCGAACCUCCGAGUCUCUUCCGCGGUCGUGGAGAACAUCCCAAGACUGGCAAGCUCAAGCUUCGUGUCAUGCCUGAGCAAGUCACCAUCAACAUUGGCAAGGACGCACAAGUGCCCCAGCCGCCCCCCGGCCACAAGUGGAAAGCCAUCCAGCACGACAACAAGGCAACCUGGCUCGCCAUGUGGCAAGAAAACAUCAAUGGCGCCUACAAGUACGUGAUGUUGGCUGCGAACAGUGCCAUCAAGGGUCAGAGCGAUUUCAAGAAGUUUGAGAAGGCUCGCGAGCUCAAGAAGCACAUUGCGCGGAUUCGCAAGGAUUACGAGAGAGAGCUCAAGAGCGGGGUCAUGGCCGAUCGCCAACGCGCCACGGCCAUGUACCUUAUCGACAAGUUCGCACUCAGAGCUGGUAACGAGAAGGAUGCCGAGAACGAGGCGGAAACUGUCGGCUGCUGCUCGCUCAAAUACGAGCACAUCACCCUGCGUGAGCCCAACACUGUCAUCUUUGACUUCUUGGGUAAGGACAGUAUCCGAUUCUACGAUGAAGUCACAGUAGAUCGCCAGGUCUUCAAGAACCUUCGCAUGUUCAAAAAGCCGCCGAAGAAAGACGGCGACGACAUUUUCGAUCGCCUGACGACAUCGCAGCUCAACAAGCAUCUUGGGAGUUACAUGCAGGGCCUUACGGCCAAGGUCUUCCGUACCUAUAACGCUUCCUUCACAAUGUCGACGCUGCUCAAGGGACUGGAAGUCAAGAAUCUGUCCAUUCCAGAGAAAGUCAAGCUCUACAAUGACUGCAAUCGUGAGGUUGCCAUUCUCUGUAAUCACAAGCGGACAGUGGGUGCCGGACACGAGGCGCAAAUGGAGAAGCUGGGUGACCGCAUCAAGGGGCUCAAGUACCAGCUUUGGCGAACCAAGCAGAUGAUCCUGGACGUUGAUCCGAAACAAAAGAAGAAGGGCGUCGAGUACUUCGCGCUCGACUCUACCAUCGACGAUGCCUGGAUCGAGGAGCACAUCACCUUCUUGGUCGAGGAGCAGAGGACCAAGAUUCAGAAGAAAUUUGAAAAGGACAAUGAGAAGCUUCAAGCCAACAAGGAAAAGCCCAUGCCCGACAAGGAGCUCAAGGAGCGGCUGAAGGCGGUCAGCGAGCUGGAGAAGAAGCUGAAGAAGGAGCACAAGACCAAGAAGGUCGAGGCCGAGGGCAAGUCUCCGACGGUGGACAGGGUCGAGGCGAACGUUGAGAAGAUUGAGGCACGGAUCAAGACCCUCGAGUUGCAGGCGGCCGACCGCGACGGCAAUAAGGAGGUGGCCCUUGGCACCUCGAAGAUCAACUAUAUUGACCCCCGCUUGACUGUCGUCUUCUCACGAAAGUUCGACGUACCCAUUGAGAAGUUUUUCUCAAAGACGCUGCGCGAGAAGUUCAACUGGGCUAUCAAAUCCGUCGAGUCUGAUGACAACUGGGAGUUCUAG